GAAAGACACGUGUUUCCUCUUCAGCCUGCUUCGUGGGAGCGAGCAUCCUGUAAAUAUAUUAUAUUGAGCCAGCGGAAGGGUAUUUUUUGUUGUUGUUUAAAAAUGGUUCGUAAAUUAAAGCACCAUGAACAGAAGUUGUUGAAGAAGGUGGACUUCAUCAACUGGGAGGUGGACAACAACCUGCACGAGGUCAAAGUGUUGCGGAAGUACCACAUCGAGAAGAGGGAGGACUACACAAAGUACAACAAGCUGAGUCGUAACAUCAGAGAUCUCGCCAAGAAAAUCCGAGACAUGGACGAGAAAGAUGGCUUCAGAGCUCAGUGCACACACCGACUGCUGGAAAAACUGUACGGUGUUGGUCUCCUCCCCACCAGACAGAAUCUGUCCCUCACAGAGAAAGUCUCAGCGUCUUCAUUCUGCAGGAGGAGGCUGCCCACCAUCCUGAUGAGCCUCCGUAUGGCUCAGAACCUGAAGGCAGCCGUCACCUUCAUCGAACAAGGACAUGUGCGUGUUGGCACAGACGUCAUCACAGACCCAGCAUUCCUCGUCACAAGAAAUAUGGAAGAUUUUGUCACUUGGGUGGACUCUUCCAAGAUCAGGCAGCAUGUCAUGAAUUAUAAUGAGGAGAGGGAUGACUUUGAUCUGGUGGCAUAAGCCUGUUCAUCAUCCAUUCGUCUCCCUGGAGGACAGAAAAGGGACACGCACUCUGCGCCUGUGACAUGAAUAACUCUACAAGAGGAUGGACCAAGUUGCACACAUCCAGGGGCAGAUACUCGGGUUCAAGACAAACAAACUUAGCUGCAGGGCACAGAGGAGCUCUCCACACUGUGAGGCUCCAGGCUUUUUGGAGCCUGACCGUGUGAAUAACUCAAGAGGCAACAGUUCAAAUGCUAUCAACAUAAGUGUCAAUAACUCAAGUUUAAUCUGAACACGGCAGAAGAAACUUCAAGGCUUUACUUCGGGAACCAAACACCUCUUUGUGAAAAUGUACGACUAAAACCGGAUCUAUUAACCAUCCAAAAUAUGUGGAUUCAUCUGAGACUGUAUUUGUGACUGACAUCACCUGCACACUCAGUUUUCUCCGUUCAUCUCGUAGUUUACUUGAACAUUAGCAGUCACCUCCCUCUACAGAGCAGCUUUCAGCGUUGUUUGGGUGACUAUAACCCCCCCCCCCACACACACACACACACAGUUUGCUUUUUCAGUGUUCUUUGUGUGAACAUGAGCUGGCUUCACAGAAUGUGUGUGUGUAUGCCAUAAAGAGGACUGUCGCCUGUUCAUGAUAUUAACAAUGUCAUAAAUACUGCAGUAAAAUAGAACAUUUUGAUAAAUAUUUAAUUUCAAAAAGACUUGUUGCAAUGUAAACUUUUACAAUAAACGUGGUUUUAUCACAGUA